GUUCCUUCCUUGUUCCAAGAGGAGGUGGUGGUGGUACGUGAUUGAUCCCAAUUCCGAUUAGGGUUCGAUCUCCUCUCUAUCCAUUCUUUCUCUCAUGUCCUUUUCUGUUUAUCCUCUUGACAAACUUUCCUUUACUUUCAAGUUAAUCAAUUCAUUGACAAUUACCCUCGGCUUUUCUUUCCCCAUUUUUUUCGGUGAAUACAAUUUUCGAGUUCAGCCGAUGCAAUUCUAAUACACUGUCGAUGUGAAUUGUUCUCAUUCAAUCCAACCUGUUGUCACAGCAGGCCGUAAUCUGCAAUUAUUUUCUCCAGUCCCUUUGAAUGUCUCGCAUUUUUUGUUUUAAAUUUGAUGAUAUAUUGAACAAUUUGUUUGUUAUAGUUGUGCACAUGUGUAGGAUUAAGUCUAGCAAGGCAAAGAUGAGUGUGGCGAGGGCAGGAAGCUCAGAUGAGUGUACUGGGCAUGCAGAGCCUCCUGAUCCUGAUAUUCUUGAAAUUGAUCCAACUUGUCGAUACAUUAGGUAUAAAGAUGUGAUCGGCAAAGGUGCUUUCAAGACAUGUUAUAAGGCAUUUGAUGAAGUCAGUGGACUUGAAGUGGCCUGGAACCAGGUUCGGAUUGAUGAGGUGCUACAGUCACCAGGUGACUUGGAAAGGCUCUACUCAGAAGUGCAUCUCUUAAAAUCAUUGAAGAACAAUAACAUAGUAAAAUUCUACAAUUCCUGGAUUGAUAAUAAGAACAAGACUGUUAACAUCAUCACGGAGUUGUUCUCUUCGGGUAGCCUCAGACAGUAUCGUAGGAAGCACAAGAAGGUUGACAUGAAGGCUCUUAAAGGAUGGGCAAGACAGAUAUUAAUGGGUUUAAACUACCUCCAUGGUCACAACCCACCUAUUAUACACAGGGAUCUGAAGUGUGAUAAUAUAUUUAUCAAUGGAAACCAAGGUGAAGUUAAAAUUGGAGAUCUGGGGCUGGCAACUUUCUUGGAACGGACUAAUGCUGAGAGUGUGAUUGGAACCCCUGAAUUUAUGGCACCCGAGCUGUAUGAUGAAAAUUACAAUGAAUUGGCCGACAUAUAUUCAUUUGGAAUGUGCAUGCUUGAGUUGGUGACUUCUGAGUAUCCGUAUAGUGAAUGCAAAAACUCAGCUCAGAUAUACAAGAAGGUUUCAUCUGGUAUAAAACCCGCUUCCCUUUCUAAAGUCAAAGAUCCAGAAAUGAAAUUAUUUAUUGAGAAAUGUCUAGUCCCAGCAUCUCAAAGAAUGUCAGCAAAGGAGCUUUUGAUAGAUCCUUUUCUUCAAAUGAAUAGUUUGGCAAGAAAUCGUCGUCUAUCCUUACCAGAUAUUGUCAUCCCUAAAUGUGGAGCCUUUGGAGAUCGUAUCCUCGUGUCAGAAGGUCCUGCUACUCAACAUAACAGAUCAAAUUCCUUGGAUCUUGAUGAUACUUGUGAAUUACCUAUGAUCACUACAUACGAUGGUUCUGGUAACGCUUCACAUUGUCAAUGUGUUGAGGUACAAAAGUUGAAGAGAGGUGAUAUUUUCAAUCUAAAAGGUGAAGAAAAUGAUGAGAAUUCUGUGUCGAUAGUUCUUCGGAUAGCUGAUCAAGGAGGGCGAGUAAGAAAUAUCCAUUUCUUAUUUUACCUAGAUAGUGAUACUGCUAUUUCAGUUUCAAGUGAAAUGGUUGAGCAACUCGAACUUCCAGAUCAAAAUAUAAAAUUCAUAGCUGAGUUGAUAGAUUUGUUAUUGAUUAAUUUGGUUCCAAAGUGGAAACCUUGUGUAGAUAUUGCUCAUUUGGUUUCACGAAGUUGUAGAAAAACUAUUAUUGGACAAAAAGAUCUGGAGCUAGCAAAACAGAAGCAGCACUCAGAAGAUUCUAUACAAAAUAUUACUGAAGAGAAAGGUAUCUCAUGCUCGAAUCGCAGCUCUCUUGCAUCAGAAAAACAUUAUCACUCCAACUUGAAUGAAAUUUCAUCCUAUGGCAACAUUGAUCACGGAAAUACAAUCAAAAUAGAUGAUUUGUGUUCUGAGACUAAUGAUAAGAAGUUAUCUUUAGUUUCGUUCUUGUCUGUGGACUCAGCAUUUAAUGAUUUCAACUUGCCAAGAGUGCCAGGAGAGACUGAAUGCUCUUUUGUAUCUGUAAUGGAAGCAUGGCCAAAUUAUCAUAGGAGUAAGAUAUCAGAAUUAGGAAGUCAUGAUAUGUUAAGCUUCCCAGCCCAUUCUAGUAAUGUUUCUUCUUUAUCUAACGUAGAAGAUGAGUUGAAAAUAGAGUUAGAAGUGAUUGAACAGAAAUAUCUAGAGACAAUUAAAGAAGCAUCAAAAGUAAGAUCUCAAGCUAUCAUGGAGGUUAGAGGAAGGUUACCCCAGAAGAAGAUCCAAUCAUAAGAUAGUUUCAGCAGUAAUUUAGUUAGCUUCUAUUUUUUUCUCUUGGUUCAUGCCUUUAAGUAUAAUGUGUAAAUAGUGUAUCUUGAAUUAGAAAAAAGAUUGAUUUUGACUAUAUUUUUAGAUCAUCCUCUUUUAUUUUAAUAAAUGUACUGAUUACACUGAUU